AUGGCGUCAACCAAGCCAAAAGUCGAAGAAGCUCCGGCGAUCGGAAUCGACCUCGGCACUACUUACUCCUGCGUCGCCGUCUGCCAACAUGGCGGCGUGGAGAUCAUCGCUAACGAUCAAGGUAACCGUACAACUCCCUCUUACGUAGCCUUUACGGACGCCGUUCGCUUUUCCGGCGACGCUGCCAAGAAUCAGGUUGCUUCCAAUCCCCUCAACACCGUUUUCGUGAAAAAGGCGGUUAUAACAGUUCCCGCCUACUUCAAUGAUUCACAACGACAGGCGACUAAAGAUGCCGGAGUCAUUGCUGGCCUCGAUGUGAUGCGUAUUAUCAACGAGCCUACAGCUGCCGCCAUUGCUUAUGCCCUUGAUAAAGAAACAAAUAACGUUGGGGAGAAGAAUGUUCUCAUUUUCGACCUUGGAGGCGGUACUUUUGAUGUCUCUAUCCUCACCAUAGAAGCGGGUAUUUUUGAGGUCAAAGCUACAGCCGGAGAUACUCAUCUUGGAGGGGAGGACUUUGAUAACAGAAUGGUUAACCACUUUGUUCAAGAGUUUGCAAGAAAGCACAAGAAGGACAUUAGCCGCGAUCCAAGGGCUCUUAGGAGAUUGAGGACAGCAUGUGAGAGGGCAAAGAGAGGACUCUCGUCCUCAACUCAAGCUAAAUCGAGGUUGAUUCCUUGUUUGAAGGAAUCGAUUUUUAUGGGAACAUAA